GUCUGUGCAGCUGGUCCUGCCUGUGCUGCUGCUGACAGGGACGCCUGAGAGGCAGCUGCAGCAGCAGCCACAUCCCGCAUAUAACUGUCUUGCUUAACUUGCUUCUGUCUUCACUGCCUCUUGCAACUCUUCCUCCUGCAGUGCUCCCGAUAACUCCUUCACAGCCUUGCAGACCUGGGGAGAUAGAGGCCGUGUGGGGAGACUUUUUGAGGAUUAAAUCAGCUUUCGGAAUCCCAGCCCUGCAAGCUAGUCCCGGAGAGCAGCUGAGCCUUUGCAAGUUUACUCUACGCGAAUGGACUGACCCAGCCUUCACUUAAUGACAUCAUGUUUUAACCUCUUUCCAGCCUCUGUUUUCUUUCUUCCUACUGCUCCCUCCUGUAUUGUGGAGAGCCCCAUAACAUUAGCAGGGGUGCGCAAGUCACAGGCUGGGGGCUGUUGAGGAAGAUUAACCCUUUCCUUUUCUUGUGUGUGCGCAAAGCCUGACUUUCCCUUUUCUAUUAUUCCCUCAUUGCAUUUUAAUUGCACAUUUUGCCUGUUCUUACCCCCUUACCCCCACCCCUUGUUAUUCCCCUGGAUUUGCACAUUUUCCUCUCCCUGAUUAAAAAAGUGUCACGGGUGAUGACGGUUUUUCUGUUGCGAGUUUCGUUCCUGCUGCUGCUAAGUUCUAGCCGGGCCUUUGCAGAGCCCUUUGUGGCCAAUGGCAAGUGUCCAGCUCGUUGCGAUGUCUCCAAGUGCCCAAGCCCCAGCUGCCCAAGCGGCUACGUCCCCGAUCGUUGCAACUGCUGCCUCAUCUGCGCCGCGGGAGAAGGUGAUUCCUGUGGCCGCAAGGAAGACCCACCGUGCGGGGACAGCCUGGAUUGCAAGCACCCCAUGGGCAAGCGCUUCGGCAAAGGCGUAUGCCAGUGCAAGCUCAGCUACCAGGUGUGCGGCAGUGAUGGCAGGACCUAUGACAAUGUGUGUCAGCUGAAGGCGGUGAGCCGUAAGACUUUACAACAGGGGUUGCCAGCUGUCAUCCAGAUCCAGAAAGGCGCCUGUGAAUCGGGUCACCAACAGCCCAACAGCCCAAGAUACAAGUUUAACUUCAUUGCAGAUGUGGUGGAAAAGAUUGCGCCCGCAGUUGUACACAUUGAACUUUUCCUGAGACAUCCUCUCUUUGGCCGAAAUGUCCCCUUGUCCAGUGGAUCUGGGUUUAUAAUGUCAGACUCAGGUUUAAUUGUAACCAAUGCCCAUGUGGUGUCAAGCAGCAAUGCUAUAUCAGGGCGACAACAGUUAAAAGUGCAGCUGCAGAAUGGAGAUACCUAUGAAGCAACAAUCAAAGACAUUGACAAGAAGUCUGAUAUAGCAACAAUAAAGAUUCAUCCUAAAAAAAAACUGCCCGUAUUAUUACUGGGCCACUCGGCUGAUCUGCGUCCUGGGGAGUUUGUUGUGGCUAUUGGGAGCCCCUUUGCCUUGCAGAACACUGUGACAACAGGUAUUGUCAGCACUGCUCAGCGAGAUGGAAAGGAGCUAGGCCUGAGGGACUCGGAUAUGGAUUACAUUCAGACAGAUGCCAUUAUCAAUUAUGGAAACUCAGGAGGACCUCUGGUUAAUUUGGAUGGUGAAGUGAUUGGAAUAAACACUUUAAAGGUUACUGCUGGAAUUUCCUUUGCUAUUCCUUCUGAUCGCAUCUCUCAGUUCCUCACAGAGUCAUAUGACAAACAAAAUAAAGAUGGGAAAAAACGCUUCAUUGGCAUAAGGAUGCUGACAAUAACACCCAUUCUUGUGGAAGAACUAAAACUCGAUAAUCCUGAUUUUCCUGAUGUCAGCAGUGGAAUUUAUGUACAUGAAGUUGUCCCAAAUUCACCUUCUCAGAGAGGUGGCAUCAAAGAUGGAGACAUCAUUGUCAAAGUAAAUGGACGUCCUUUGAUGACCUCCAGUGACCUGCAAGAGGCUGUGAUGAAUGAGUCACCUCUACUACUUGAAGUUCGAAGGGGAAAUGAUGACUUGCUAUUUAACAUAGAGCCUGAAGUUGUCAUGUAGAUCGAACUGAGGAAGCUCACACCAUAACUAAACUCACUUAUUCUGAAACAUCAGAUACCUCCUUUACAGCUGCAGUGAUUAUACUUCCUGUUGACUAAUGACAAGGUGGACUAACUUGAUUGCCUGAGCCAUAUCUGUACAUAGUAAUUACAUUUAAUUAGGUUACAAAAUAAAAACAAACGUGAUUUUACCUUCAAAGUAAUUUUGUAAAAAAUAUUUUGAGGAUAACAAUAAGCAGCCCCACAAUGUGUGUAAAUUGGGCACAUUAAUCAUAUGUCUGCCAUUGCAGGGGCCUCAGGCACGGGUGCACUUUGGCCCUUCUGUUCUCUGCCUGUGGCACAUAAUAGUCUAAUCUCCUGUGACCAUAAUGCUUCGGUCUAAUUUUGGUUGUUGGCUUUAGUGUAUGGGUAUGGGUGGUAUUGAUGGCCUGUGAUGUACAGAGUUCAGACUGGAACUGGUGGUCCCUCUGCCUUAAACUCUAUGACUCUUUCUGGAGUAUCACUAUAGAAAUUAAGUAUCAGAGGGGUAGCCGUGUUAGUAUGGAUCUGUAAAACAGCAAAGAGUCCUGUAGCACCUUAUAGACUAACAGAUGUAUUGGAGCAUGAGCUUUCGUGGGUGAAUGCAUGCAUCCAACCAAGUGGGUGUUCACCGACGAAAGCUCAUGCUCCAAUACAUCUGUUAGUUUAUAAGGUGCCACAGGACUCUCUGCUACUACUAUAGAAAUUGGCUCCAAUCCCAGUCCCUUUAAAUUUAAUAGAAGUUUUGCCAUUGAUGGCAGGGUAAGUCCUGUAAUUUGAAAGUCCAUAACUCCAUCAACAGUGAGGAAACAUGGUUAAAAAGGGGAAAUUACCAUUGGAUGAUUAUAAGCAGGAUUUUGACACAACAGAACUAAGCUACUUUGACCAAAAGCUGAGCUUUUUUUGUUUGUUUGUUUGUUUUUGCGUUUUUUGCCUCUUUGAAUGUGAAAUUAGCAUUGGCAAAGCCUUUAUUAGUUCUUGGAGCUUGUACAUUAUAUGUGAAUGCAGGAGGGGAAAAUUCUGUAAAUAUAAAAAUAGUAUGAAAGUGGUAACAGGCUAUAGAGUGUUACACCUAGGUCAUGCAAUUCUGGAAUAUAGUAAAUGAUUCUUAUAGAAUUAAUGCUUUAGUUAAAUAUAUAAAAGUCAAAACAAUGUGCAGAAAAAAAAGUUUGAAAAUGCACAAUAUUUUUACAGGGUUUUUUAAAGUCAUGGUACAAAUUAGUUUUUCAUUAUAUUGGUAUGCUUUGCUGAAAAAUUGAUAUACGACUUAUGCUUGUACUGUAUAUGUUUCUACUGUAAGGAAAUUGACGUUUGCACAAAUAAAAUUUUGCUUUGCACCGC